AUGAAACUCACUGCACCAACCUUCCUCCUCUCGCUCCUCACAACAACAACACUCGCAUCACAAAAUGACACCGAACCCGCCCUCCUCCCUAACCCAACCGGCCCCUACGCAACAGACAUCAAAGCCCUCGAACUAACCGACCACUCCCGCAUCGACCCCUACGAUCCAAACCACGGACCACGAAAACUGAUGGUCUCAAUCUUCACCCCAACAGUCCCAGCGAAAAAAUGCUCGCACUGGCAAGCCUACCCAUACGCGCCGCCUCGCACGGCAGAACUCCUCGAACCUUUGCUAGAAGCGUUCGGCUGGCCGAACUCGACGGAGUACCUGAAACGACUUCGCCUGCCAAUUUGUCCCUCUCAACGCCAGUCAUGGCGAGAGAAGCAGUUCCCAGUCGUCCUCUUCUCGCACGGUCUAGGCGCGAUCCGUCUAGCAUCCUCCUCGCAAGCCCAAGCCGUCGCCGCGAAUGGCUUCGUAGUCAUCACCAUCGACCACCCCUACGACGCCGCCGUGAUCGAAUACCCCGACGGAAGCAUCGUCACUGGAAGGAAUCUCACAUCGUCGCAGGAACUCGACGGCGACGUACAAACCCGCUCCAAAGACGCCAGCUUCAUCAUCGACGAACUCAGCAACCGACAAAGCAUUCUCCACCAGCACUGCGGGCCCGUCGCUAAAUCGAAAGUCGCCAUGUUCGGGCACUCCCUCGGCGGCGCCUCCUCCGUGCGCGCCGCCUACGACGACGCCCGCAUCCUCGCCGCCAUCGAUCUCGACGGCUCGCCCUACGGCUUCAACACCACCGGCACCACCGAAGCCGACCUCGCCUUCCACCUCCCCUCCAUGCACACCCCGUUCCUCCUCUUCGACGAACCCGCCUUCGUCGACACGGCAGGCUUGCCGACGCUCUACAACGCUUUCACGGGAUGGAAGCGGCAUCUGGCCCUCGAAGGGUCGUUUCAUCUGACGUUUACGGAUUUGCCGUUGUUGGUGGAUACGUUUGGGUUGAGGGGGACGUUGCCCCCAGCGUUUGAGGCGAUUGUGGGGACGAUUCCAGGGUUGAGGGCGAGGGAUGUUGUUAGUGAGUAUGUGGCGGCUUUUAUGGGGAAGUGGUUGAAAGGGGAGGAUGGGGGGUUGUUGGAUGGGCCUAGUGGGGAGUUUCCGGAGGUGGAGUUUGUUGCUGUUGGGUGA